UGAGCGUAAUGGCCAGUAAGACUGAUGAAUUUUUUAUUUGCCCGGCUUAGCGCGCCGCUGCACUGUGUGUGUGUGUGUGUGUGCGGCCCGGCAUUUUUCCAUCCGGAUGUGGCAACUUGCUACAGCAUUGGCCGGGGUUUUUUUGAUUAUUAUCGCCGCUGUCAAUAUCAUAUCCAUGCUGGGCGCCCCGAAAUUGCAUGGUAAUGGGGAUGGCGGAAUAAAUGGAGGGUAUUGUUUUUAUUUUUCUACCAUCGCGUUUUUCAUGUAUCGUGCAUCCGCCGUGCCGCAGUGUAAUGGCAGUGAAAUGCAGCCAAGACAUUACCGGUGGCGUAGAUUUUCUAAUCAUUAGCCGCUCGUCAUUCUCUACCGGGUGGGAUUGGAUUUUUACUAAUGUUUCUUUCGCGGUAUAUGCAUAUGCACCGGGCCCCAAGACGCACUGCAGUUGCCGGGCUGACGCUGCACUGUGAUUGACCGCCCGGGAUCCUGUCCGCCGUCGUCGUCGCGUACCACGAUGAACGCCACACUCUUCUCCAGCCUCCUGGAGCCCUUCCCCUCCCUCCCGCUGACCACGCCCCUCAAUCUGCCCCCUGUGAUAGCCCUGGCCCAGGAGCUGUACCCCAACGCCACCUUCGGCCCCUUCCUGGACAACACCACCCUGGGGAACGCCACGCCCCCACGGAGCCUGACCAAGCCCUCCAAGUACGCCGCCUGGGAGGUCAUCCUCAUCGCCACCAUCACCGCCAUCACGGCCAUCGUCACCGUGCUGGGCAACAUCCUGGUGCUGACGUCCUUCGUGGUGGAGCGGGCGCUGCGGCAGCCCAGUAACUAUUUCAUCGCCUCACUGGCCGUCACGGACCUCCUGAUCGGGCUUUUCUCCAUGCCGGCGUAUUCGACGUAUCUCCUGUUGGAACGCUGGCCGAUGCCGAAUAUCCUGUGUGAUCUGUGGUUGUCGCUGGAUUAUACCGUGUGCCUGGUCAGUCAGUACAACGUCCUCCUGAUCACCAUUGACCGGUUCUGCUCGGUAAAGAUCCCGGCGAAAUACCGCAACUGGCGCGCCAAGCGCAAGGUGCAGAUAAUGAUCAUCGCGACGUGGAUCAUCCCGUCCGGGAUCUUCUUCACCAUCCAUCUGGGCUGGGACACCUUCAUGGGACGCCGCGGGAUGGCGGACGGCGGGUGCGACGCGCAGUACAUCAAGUCCAAUCCGACGUUCAACGUCGUCCUCAUCUUCAGCUACUUUUGGUCGACGAUGGUGGUGCUCCUGGGACUGUAUGCCGGGAUCUACCAGACCGCCUUUACUCUCCAGCGGAAGUCCCAGCAGAAACACCAGAAAAUGCAGCAGAUGGUCAAGCUCAGCACGACCACCACCGGGAACAAGGUCGUGGAGACCACCAAGCAGAGUCUGGCGGUCCACGUCAAACCGGCCAUCCUCAACGACGUCAGCGUGGUUUUCAACUCGACGACGGUGACGCAGGGGAAGACGGUGGACACGUCGGUAGAAGCGACGACCCCGCAGAAACCCAACGACACCAGCGGCAGCAGCGACCAGGAGGACCGCUCCAGUAGUCCGACCUUCCCGUCGGACGCCGAGCAGAACGAGAACGGGGUCCUGGUCCCCAAGGACCCGGAUGCGGCGGCGGCCAGCCAUAAGAAACCGCCGCCCAAGGGCGGGACCACGGCCCGUCCGCAUCAUCACGUCUUCAAGGAUCUCAAGCAGCGUGUUGCUCAGCGCCAGCAGCGUCCGCGAGGGAAAACGGAGAUGAUCGUCCCGAAGAUCCCCGCCCCGCCAAAACAGGCCCACACCCGGCAGCCGCCGCCGCAGCAGCGCCACUCCGCCGAGCCGGAGCGGAAGCCCGCCCUCAUUGAUUUGACGCCGGAGGUGGACCAAAGGCUGCUGGCCAGCAGUCCCAUGUCGCGGUCGUGCUCGGCCGUGGACGAGAGACCCGCCCGCGACACCCUGACCAUUCCCAGUCUGUCGCAGCCGGCUAUCAACACCAGCACCCUGCAGGCCAUCCUCCUGGCCAAGGAGCUCAACGACGAGAUCCGCCUUCUCUUUGCUCAACGGGCCGCGGACAGCCGCGGUCCGUCCGCCUCCAUCGCCGUACUGUCAACGGCCGAGGAACCCGAGGGGUUCGCCGAGCCGGUGUGGGUGCCGCGGGUCCCGUUCCCGGUGCGGUUUGACGAACUGCCCAGCGUCCUACUGCAGCCGUUCACCGGCCGGACGCCGCUGAACAACACCAAUGACUGGCGGUAUAUUGAUCAGGAGUCCCUCAAGUCGCCCAACUCCUCCAUGGAGGGCACGCACACCUCCACCCCCACCAACCGCUCCUCCAUCAACUCCCCGCUGGUCACCCGCGAGUCAACGCCACCGCGGCAGACCACGCCGCGCUCCUCCUUCAAGUCCCCGUUGGCCACGCCCUCCCCGAUCCCCUGCGUCACCAUCAUCGAGCCGGUCCCGGCGAUCCCGGUGAACAGUAACGGCGGAGUCCUGAAACUGGCGCGUCCCGCACCGCGGGUGUCGGUUCGCCCGGAGAUCAGCGACAUCGGGGAGGAGUCGACGCGCUACGACUCCGAUCAGCGCUCCAUGAACCAGUCCGACCAGGCGUUGACCGGCGGCCCCAACCAUAUCGGGGCGCUGGACGUCCGGAACAAUUCCGAGCGGAUCCGGCAGCUGGGCCGACGGAUCCGGCAGGUGGCGCUGCGGAACAGCAAGAAGAAGAGCCUGGCCAAACGCCAGCAGUCCAAAUCGGAGAACCGGGCGCGGAAGGCCCUGAAGACCAUUACGUUUAUUAUGGGGGCCUUUGUACUGUGCUGGACACCGUGGCAUAUCUGUGCGACCAUCGAGGGAUUCUGUAACGGGUGUGUGAAUCCGGAUUUCUACGCGUUAAGCUACUGGUUGUGCUAUCUGAAUAGUCCGAUUAAUCCUUUCUGUUACGCGCUGGCCAAUCAGCAGUUCAAGAAAACCUUUAUUCGGGUACUGAAAUUUGACCUGCAUCGAACGUGAUUAGCCGGGCGCCUGGUCCGAGUGCAGCAACCGGUGCUGGUAAAGAUGUUUGUGCUAUCAAGUGAAAAUGAUAAACUUAUCAAUGAA